UGCCUCAGCUAAAUAGGUAACUCGUUCACGAGUAGAAAAGGUACAUUUGCCCUUGUCUAUUGUACUUUGUGUGAAGUCACAACGUAAAGCCAUGGAAUUACAUACAGGACCAAAUUUAAAAAUGCAUCUAUUGUAAAAAAAAAAAAAACAUCUAUACACUUCCUUUCUGUUAGAUCUUGGUACAAGUGUAUCGAAUGCCAUCAAGUUGUCUCAUCUACCCGAGUCCUUUGCUCAAAGUUAACGUUAUUAACACCAAGUCAUGCUUAUCAAACAGCCAUCAAUGAACCGAGGCUUAUCGGCAUUGCAUCAUUCCCAGAGUCAUCUACUCUAACAUCAAAGAAUGAACCUUUGUCUACAUUCAUGAUAUCCCUCAAGAAUACUAUCAAGAAAAUGGCAACACAACUAGUGUCACUGCCAGAAGUGGAGCGAUUGAGUCCUACGGUCAUUCGGAUCCUUGGUGGGAAUCCGGGAAAGUUUACAUUGCAAGGUUACUACAAUAGGACGAAUACAUAUCUUGUUGGAAAAGGAAGAAAUCGAUUGCUGAUUGAUACGGGCGACGGGAAGGAAAGUUGGAUUCAGAAUCUGAAAGAGACUUUAGAGAAAGAACAAGCUAUGGUUACGUCUUGUAUUCUCACACAUUGGCAUCUUGACCAUGUGGGAGGAGUCGGUCACUUAUUAGAAUACUCGCCAAAAACUGUCAUUCACAAGAACAGUCCAGACAAGGGACAAACAGAUAUCAAGGAUGGCCAGAUCUUCGCAACAGAGGGUGCAACUCUCCGUGCAGUUCAUUCCCCAGGCCACACACACGAUCACAUGGCACUGGUACUGGAAGAAGAGAAUGUCAUGUUCACCGGGGAUAACGUGUUGGGGCAUGGAACCGCAGUGUUUGAGGACUUGGUGACUUACUUGAACAGUCUUGAAAGAAUGAAAGGACUUUUUAGCGGUAAAGCAUAUCCGGGACACGGUGCAGUAUUAGAAGAUGGACCUAGCAGAAUUGGAGAGUACAUCCGGCACCGAAAAGAAAGAGAGUCCCAGGUUAUCCAAGUGUUGAAGUCCGCAAAGAGCAAGCCCGGAGUUACUGUUGCCAGUGAUGAGGAAGCGGAUGAGUGGACCUCGAUGGAGAUUGUGAAGAUAAUAUAUAAGGAUGUACCAGAGAACCUUCAUAUACCAGCGAAUGGUGGCAUUGUGCAGAUUCUGAAUAAGUUGCACUCGGAUGACAAAGUGGCCAAGGAGCAAGAUAGAUGGAAGUUGAAGGCGCGAGCCGCUCUUUGA